AUGUCCUCUGAUCUUUUCACGUUCGAAAACUCAUUCUUUUCCGAUCCAUUCCCCACAUUCGCGUCCGACCACUCAUUCGGUUUUCUCCAAGAAAUUAACGACGAACAAAUCCAAGAAAAUGCAAACCCAGUUAACGAAAUGGACCGAAAAGCAUCUGUUUUGCUGGAUAAAACAGAGUACAGUACGAAAACGGAGGAAUGCCAAGUCAGCCUCGAUGACUUUUCCGGUUUCCAAAACUUCUCUUCGCCACAGGGAUUUGAUGGGGCCUACACCGGCUCCGUUAAGUUCAUUCAGAGAAGUUACAGCAGUAAUUUUGAAGACAAGACGAUGAAGAAUUUCGAGUUUCGGCCUCAAUUGGGUUCUGUUUGGGAGUCCCAGAAUUUGCAGAAACAAAUUCUGAGCUCGCCGGAAAACGGGUUUUCCGGUGGCGGUCAGAUGAGGAGGGUUUGCAGUGCUGGUGACUUACAGGUCAACAUUGCCUAG